CGUCAAUUUGACCUCAAAGGACACCAACACUUACUCUUUAUAAAGUGUACGUUUACGGAAAAUGUGAUACAUUCAAUAAUUCAUACGUUUUCCAUUAGGAACAGGCAUUAUAGCUAGUAAGAUAGCAGACCUACUGUUAUGUGGUCUUCUUAGCAGCAAGUAGUAACGUCAGCUAGCAAAGCUUAUCAAAUAGCAAUGGGAUGGCGAGUGGUGUUGAGGGGUUUCUUGCCUCUGUGUUUACGUCGACUUGCCUGCUUGACCACCAACAAUUACAUGGGCGCAAGGAUUCGUCCAGUCCGCACAGACCUGACGGUGACAUGUCGCUACCCUCUUUGGACAACCCAUCCUGUAAGAACACUACAUCUGUGCCCUAACUUGUGUGCUGGUCAUAAUAAGUGGUCAAAGGUGAAAAAUAUAAAAGGACCCAAAGAUGCAGCCCGGAGUCGAAUGUUCAUGAAGUUUGGGAUGAUGAUAAGAAUUGCAGUCAAAGAAGGGAGAUCUAGUAAUCCAGAAUUCAAUCUAGCAUUGGCGAAUGUAGUGGAGCAAUGCCGAGGCAAGAACAUGCCCAAAGCGUCCAUAGAAGCUGCCAUCAAGGGAGCGGAAAAGUCCAAGGCAGGAACCCAGCACAUGUAUGAAGCCAGGGGGCCUGGUGGCUGCAUGCUGCUCAUCGAUAUGCUAACUGACAACAACACCCGAAGUCACCAGGAACUCAAACAUCUGCUCAACAAACACGGGGCAGCGCUGUGCGACGGGGUGCGUCAUAACUUCAGCAGGAAGGGGGUGGUGGUGGCGCAGGGGCAGGGUGUGUCGUCCGAGCGAGCUCUGGAACUGGCCAUUGAGGCGGGGGCCGAGGACGUCCAAGAAACAGAGGAUGAGGAUGAUAAGUCCCUCCUACAGUUUGUGUGUGACAUGACAGAGCUGAAGAAGGUGCGGACCUCGCUGGAAGAACUGGGGGUGCGCACUGUGUCCGCUAGCCUGGAGUUUGUGUCCCACAAACCCACGCAGCUUCCACAAGCCCAGCUGGAGGCAGCCUUAUCUCUGAUAGAAGCCCUGAGCGACUGCCUAGACGUGGUGCGGGUCUGGGACAACAUCCAGGCCCAUGACUGACAGUCAUUAUGUACUAUUGUCAUAUUACAUAUUAUGGACAUUUCACGUUAGGAUAUAUUGCAAAUUUGAAUUGAGCAGACAAAUCUUAACACCAGAUCUGCUCAUCUAUGGACUGUACAAAAGUCAUGGUUGCAGUUAUUUUAAGAAGACAUUGCGUUUGUCAGUGCCAAGAAAAAUGCAUUUAUCUGGAAGCUCGGGAGCAAGAGAAGUUGGACAGGAUUCAGACUUGAGAUCUUUGUGUUUAACUCAAAUUUUCACCCAAGUCUCCCAAGUCUGAGUUGCAGGUGCUUAUUUCAACUCUGAAUCGUCCCGAUUGUGACUAGCCAGACUGAGUCUGUGAGGUAAAAGGAGUUUGUGUCAGGAAACCUCUUGUGUACCUGCUUAAAGGAUAUCUUGGAUAUGAAUGUAAAAACAACUAUCAUGUCCAAAUAAAACUAUUUAAUUUCUGUGUAAACUGCUCAGAACUCUGGAAGGACUUGGCUACAAUGUCACUGCAUGAAUGUGAAGUUAUCAAACAUGCAUUAUCUAAUACUGUUUGUUUCAGCACUGUUGAUAUAGUAAAUCAACACGUAAUCAUUUCAGCCUUUCUUGGAACAAAUAUGAUGGGGAAACUAUUCCUAAACAAAAUGCAUAAAGGUCAACAAUGUCA